AUGAAUAUAUCCGAAUCUAUCCAACAAAAGAUUAAUUUAUUACAAGAUGACUUAUCAAAGAACGACCAAUACAUUAAAUAUGCAGAGACGUACACUUAUUUAAUGAAUUUAGGUCUUUGGGGUCCAUGCGCUGUCGCAUCUUAUGUAAAUUCAUUCGAUAAGAAGUAUAUGACAAGUGGAGUUGGUUUUGAACCUUUCAACCUUACUGAAAAAGUUGGAAUGCUUUAUGAUCAUUACUAUAAUUCAAUGUAUUUGGAAUUAUACUUACAAGCUAACCCAGGAUCAUUUAUUUUACUAUGGGCAUACACAAUAUAUUCUCAUGACCUAUUUGUUAAACUUGCGAAGAAAUAUGAAAAACAAAAUCCUCAAAGAUACGAAUAUGUUAACGAAACAAUUAUCCGUGUCAAACUAGAAAAGUGUAAAAAUGCGAGUAUUGAAGAAAUAUCAAAAUUUGGCGAAUUAUUAAAUUAUUUCACCAGAGAAUACUGGAGAGGAGGUACUGAUAUAACGGCGAAGUUCAAAAUAUAUGAGAAAACCGUUUACGAAAGAGAGCUACUUCUUAGAUCCAUUUCAGAUUCUAAAUUAUGGUUUCGAGGUAUUAAACCAGAAAUCAGAGAUGAUCCUUCAGAUGUUUAUGAUUUCAAUGACAUAGUUGAUCCUUCUGAAUAUGAAUACACAGCUUUAUCAAGAACAUUCCAAGAAUCAACAACAAAUGAAAAACAACAAUCGAAAUCAAUCAACAUCUCUGAAACAAUGACUAUUAGAAAACUUCCUCAACCAAAAGUUCAAGAAAAACAAUCAAACUCUGCUCAAGCUACCAUGACAAUUAGAAGACCUCCUCAACAAACAUCUCAAGCAUCUAAUAAUAAUAGAAGACCAAAAACACAAAUUGUUACUACUCCUAAAAAGACAAAUCAAAACCAAGGACAGCAAUCAAGUACAUUGGUUAUUCAAAAAGUAUAUAAAUCACCAUUAAUCACUGAAACAGAGAACAAACCAGCAAAAACUACUACAGAAGAAAACAAAACUAGACCUAAUACUACACCUCGUAUUGAAAUUUCGCAACCAAAAUCAAAAUCAAGUCCAAUAUCAAUAAAGAUACAAAGACCACCACAAAAACAACUUCAAAUUCAAACACCGCAAUCUCAAAAUCCUCCACAACCAAAGUCUCCACUUGUUUUCACAUUCGGAAAAAAGUAA